CUAAACCUCUUGUAUCGGUGUGGUUGGCAACGCCAAAGGUACGCAGUGGCAGCUAGUAAAUAAAAAGAAAAUAUUCUUGAGGAACAAAAGUUUUUAUAGGAACGAGCUUAUAACUGCCUUAUAAACAGUGCAGCUUCGAUAAAAUUUUAAAAUUUGAUUUAUACAGGUGUCACACGGCGCUCUUUUGAUCGCGAUCGAACCCGAUCCGGAUCGAAUUUCUCGGUCGCGAUUGGCUUCUUUGCUCAAUCAGCGUAAGGGAGCCAAUUGCGGUCGAAAAUUCCCUAACGAAAGUGGCUGUGUGUGACAACGGUAUUAAAAUUGUUAAAAUCAAUGUUUCGUUGGCAAAAAAAAAAAAAAAAAAGGCUCUAAUUGGCUUUUUAGGUACUUCGUCUGACUAUUAGUGGCUACGGUAUAGUUUUUGUUACGGUUUUUGUUUUGCGGUGGUGGCUGUGUUGUGAUGACUGUGGUUCGGGAGUACGCUACGAACUGUCGAGUUAUCGAGUUCCGUUUCUGCUCACAAGGGAGACGCGAGACGUCAGGAGAGCACGAACAGCUGGCGGUGCGCAUGACUUGCAAUGAUGCCGCCGGCAGUGAAAUUGCGGACGCUUUUCUUGCCAUCGAACGGAAGCAGAGCGAACUGCUUUCCCGGAUUCCGUACGGCUCCAAAGUUUCCCACAUCUAUAAUCCCCUGGAAUACGCCCGCGAAACGCACGAAUGCUAUGUGCGUAAAUACUGCAAGACUAGGAAGGCAGUGCUAUUUCUUGGCAUGAACCCUGGCCCCUUCGGCAUGGCUCAAAACGGGGUGCCAUUUGGAGACACAGCGCACGUUGUUGGCUGGCUUGGGAUCCAAGGCCAAGUGACAAAGCCAACUCAUGAGCAUCCUCGAAGGCCUGUGUUGGGCCUUGGCUGCACCAGGAGUGAGGUGAGUGGCCAUCGCUUCUGGGGCCUACUUCGCGAGCUCACCGCUGGUGGGGAGCUGCUUCGAGGUCCCUGGUUUGUGCACAACUACUGUCCCCUUGCAUUCCUGCUCCCAUCUGGUGCCAACCUGACACCCAACCGGCUGCCACUUGAAGCCCGCCAGCAUCUUCAGGCCAUCUGUGAUGCAGCCUUGCUGUCUGUGCUGAACCUGCUGAGGCCAGAGAUUGUCGUUGGCAUAGGAUGCUAUGCAAGGGACAGGGCACUGGCAGCCCUCGGAACAAGCGAUGGUUCCUUCAAACCACCUAGAGUGCUCUGCCUGACCCACCCAAGCCCAGCCAGCCCCAAGGCCAACCGGGGCUGGCGUGCACUGGCCCUCUCCGAGCUGCUUUCGUUUGGACUGAUCUCGGCUGAUGCUGCUGACAGGGCCAGUACAGAGCUGUGUCCUACUUCUGAACUGGCACCGAGUGAAACCGACAUCAGCAACGCGGAAGCAUAUGGGAACAACUCAGAACAGUGUCCCAUUUCCAAAAUGGCAUAGGAUGCAACAUUGCCUGGUUGAGUAAAACUGGCAUUUAGUGGCUUCAGCUGACGCUGAAGCAUAUGGGAA